AUGGCCGAUUUGAUUGGGAGAAAGCUGGUCGUCGUGGGCGACUGUGGCGUCGGGAAACCGUAUACGCCAAAGGCAAAUUCCCGACGGUACGGAGUUUUACUUACUGGAUGCUCAAAGAGACGAGCUACUGAGACGCCCGCGGCGCAGAAAUCAGUCCCGACGAUGUACGACAACUAUAUUAUGGAGUUGGAGGUCGACGGAGCCGGUGUGGAGUUGGGCCUCUGGGACACGCCAGGAAAUGGAGAUUAUGAUCGUCUACGCCCGCUGAUCUAUCCCAAAGCCCACGUCAUCCUACUGUGCUUCGCCAUCGACUCCCCUAAUUCAUUGGCCAAUGCUCAGUCGAAGUGGAUGCCCGAGGUUCGACAUCACUGCCCCGAGGUACCCGUGGUCUUGGGGAAAGAAGCUGCGGAAGCCAUCGGCGCUGUGAAGUAUCUUCAGUGUUCAGCGAAGGGCGCGAAGGGAGUCAGAGAGCUGUUCCAAUAUGCGGCCAAGGUGUCGCUCCAACCGCCGAAGAAGAACAAGAAGGACUGUUCUAUCCAAUAG